AUGAGAAUGAGGUGGGUGGUGUGUGUAGGAGUUUCCUGGAUCCUCUCCAUCUCCAUAGCUCAUGCAGACUUUGACAUCUGCAGCCUGAAGCCCAAAGAUCUGCCCCUGGAGCCAGUAUGUGUAUACCGCAACCUGAAUAUCCUUGAUGAAGAAGAAGAAACAGUUGCGACCUCUAAGGAGAUCCCUACGUCCACCAACCCCCGAGUGUGGGAGCUGUCUCAAGCCAACGGGGGCUUUGCACUUUCUCUCUUCAAACAGCUCUCCAAAGGCAAGUAUGAGGAUGAAAACAUCUUCAUGUCCCCGCUCAGCAUCUCAACAGCCUUCGCCAUGACGAAACUGGGGGCUUGCAACAGUACGCUGGAGCAGAUCAUGAAAGUGUUCGAGUUUGACACAAUAAAAGAAAAGACGUCAGAUCAGGUUCACUUUUUCUUCGCCAAGCUGAACUGCCGCCUCUAUCGCAAAACACACAAAUCUGUGGAACUGGUCUCAGCAAACCGUCUGUUUGGAGAGAAAACAUUCGAGUUCAGUGAGGCCUAUCAGAACAUCAGUGAGAUAGUCUAUGGGGCCAAGCUGCUGCCGCUCAACUUUAAGGAGAAACCUGAAUUUUCAAGGCAGAGAAUCAACGAGUGGAUUUCUGAGAAGACAAACAAUAGAAUAAACAACACGUUGCCUGAGGGCUCAAUAGAUGUAAAUACCAUUCUGGUGUUGGUCAAUACAAUCUACUUUAAGGGCCAAUGGAAACACAAGUUUGACAGAUAUAAUAGCAUGGAGUCCAAAUUCCAUGUCAACAAGACGCAAAGCUGCCUGGUGCAGAUGAUGUACCAGGAAAACAUAUAUCACUAUGGAAACUUCCCAGAGGACAAGGUACAGGUGCUUGAGAUGUUCUACAAUGGAGAAGGCAUUUCAAUGCUGAUUGUAUUACCACACAAGGACACAAAGCUUGCUGAGGUGGAGGAAAAUUUAACUCUCCAGAAACUCAGUGACUGGUUGAACAAAAUGAAAAAUAAACCAGUGGGAGUGCAUUUUCCACGUUUCCGCAUAGAGGAUAACUUUGGCCUCAAAGAGAAGCUUCAGGCUAUGGGCCUCCGUGAUAUUUUCAGUGCAGAGGAUGCCAGUCUACCAGGCAUGGUAGCGAAGAAUCAGAAUGACCUUUACGUCAGUGAUGCUUUCCACAAAGCUUUCCUUGAAGUCAAUGAAGAGGGUAGCGAGGCCGCAGCAACUACUUCUAUCCUGUUCAUCGGUCGCUCCCUCAACCCGAACCGCGAGGUUUUCUUAGCUGAUCGGCCUUUCCUGCUCUUUAUCCGAGAAACCACCAUCAACACCCUGAUCUUCGCAGGCCGUGUAGCAAAUCCCUGCUAA